AUGCAAAUCGACGAACCACCAGAACCGAAGAUGGCGGCGACCGAGUUCAGCACAGGUCGAACGAUCUUCGUCCUUGCAAUUGUGGUCGGCUGUUUUGCUGUCCUCUGGCCGAGGGUCUUUUAUCCAAUGCUUCAAGCGUCUAUUGGAGGAGAGCGAAGUUCUGAUUUACCCGACACAGCGUGCAUGAAGAUUUUAUUCAACACGGAUCUCGAGAGUAUUCAUUUCUGGGAGCUAUGUAAGAUCAUCAUGGAACGACACAAGAGGACCAGUGUGAGUCAUCGCAUUCUGCAUGAUUACAGCAUGGCACAAGACCUCAUCAUUCUAUGCAAGAAGGAAGUACUUGAAACAUGCAAUGUGGAACUGCGUGAACCCAUUGUGGAUGACUUCUGGCAGUCCAUGUCAAAAAUAAGAGUAGAUUAUGGUGAUUUAUCUUGGAACCUCACUCAAUGUCUCAAGAAUCAUUAUGACAUUGAUCGUCGAGAUUUGGGAGACUUGGAGAUGUUUCAUUGGAACAGGUUGAAACCCCAUUUGAGGCAGGAGCGUACCAAAAGCACACCAAAUGAGUUUAUGCACCCAGCAAUGCGUGAACGUGGUCAGGCCAUAAGGGCUCAUGGUGAGAAACAGCAGCGAGUUCCUCAGCCAGGCAUGAGACCCACAAUUGGAGGACCUGGGCAUAUUGUCCAGCCUCAAGUAAAAGGCAGUGGUACUAUGGGCAUUGUUAUGCCUGUCUACACAGUUGGCAUUGUCAUCUUCUUUGUCUACACCAUCAUGAAGAUUCUCCUCAAGAAAAAUGACCAGAAUCGGACACCCCAGGUGAUGGACUUCCACAUGGACACAGAGCACAGGAAGUAUGUGUUCCCUGAGGAAUAUCAGUACCAGCAUGACAGAAAGCCUCAACCUCCUGCUACGACAGAGCAGAAGCAGAAGAUUGAGGAUGUAGAGAUAAUGGAACUGAGGAAACGCUUAGCUGAAACCGAAGCAGCAAUGGAGCGCAUUAUGCAACAGAUAGGCUCUGUCACUGACAGACUCUCAUCUUCUGCUAUGGCUGAGUUACUUCAGGAAGCCCAAGGACUAACUGAACAUUUUAAGGCAUCUCUGGAAGAAGCAGAAGUUGACCAAGCAGACCUUGAUGAAGGAGCAAUAUCAGAAGUGCCUGAAGAGGAGAUGCAAGGAAGCCCAACUGUAUUGAGUCCAGCUCCACAAAAGAGGCACAUCCAAUUUGCUGGAGUCCCUCCUAUGGCAGGAGAAGAAGAGAAAGAAGAAUGCAAAGAUGAAGAGAGAGAAGAAGAGCAUGAUGAGGAGGAGGAAGGAGAGGUAUCUAACAUCCUGAUUGAUACUCCAUUAUCAUCUGACAUGUCAUUCCUAGUGUCAGAAGCAGAAUGUAAAGCCUUACCAGUGGAAGAGCCUACCCCCCAUGCUGAUGAAGAAACAGAUUAUGGAACUCCAGUUGUUUUGAGUGGAAAGAUGACCAUCUCCUUCUUGACCACUCACCCAUCACUUGAUGAGGUCACUGACUUUGGGGAACCAUUAUCCAUGGAAGCUCCCAAGCCAAGUCCAGGUCCCCCUUCCCCUGAAUGCCUAUCUGGAUAUGCCCAAUCCAUGAUCCAGUCCUUCCUCAAUAGUGCUAUGAAAGAAUCCAUUCAGGCUCUGAAGGGGACAGAGGUUUCUCUUGAGGAAGAAGACACUGGAGAGGGGAGAGAUUACAUGGGGAGGAUGGAAUUAUGGGACAUAAAAACUCCCUGGCUCAUGGAUGCCCAAGCCCAGAAUAUGGACACCAAAUCCAGAAAGAGACCGCGGGGCCGGCGUCGUUCUUUCCUCACUCCUACGUGCGAUGGAGUGAAGAAAUCUCUGGAGAAUCUCCUGGGAUUGAGCAAGUCUUCCCUUUUCAUCCAGACUCAGGCGACUGAGGAAGACAUACUGACCAACAACAGAGCCGCACGUACUGUGGCUAAAUCCAUCUUGGAAGAUGGGCCUCGGUUGGACAUUCUCGAGUUCUCGGGUUCCAAUCCCGAGCCGUUUCCUUGCUUCCACCGUCUGGAUUCCUUUCCUACCCAGGAAUUCAUCCUCCCUCCGAAAUGCCGUUUCUUCAACUGUGAUUUGAGAACCAAAUCAAAUAGUCUGUUCCCCGAGGAAGCCUUCGACGUCAUUCUCAUGGAUCCACCUUGGCGUAACAAGCACAUUCGGCGAGUUAAGAAGAGGAAUGUGAGUGCAGGAUACAAUCAACUGAAGGGGGAAGAUGAAAUCCUGGAUGCAGCGGAGGUGAAUCGAUGGGGGAAACCGGGGUGUCUUUUGGCCGUUUGGUGCACCAACAAUGAAAAGCUCCUCAAGACUCUUCGUGAAACCCUUUUCCCAAAGUGGGGAUUCACCUUUCAAGCCCAGUGGUUUUGGUGCAAGGUGACUCGGAAUGGAGAGCCUGUAGUGGAUUUUGGGGUGAGAGAGGGAAAGAAGCCCUACGAAAGGCUUCUUCUGGCUCGAAAGACUACUGAGCAUGUUCAUGAAUCUUCUUGGAAUUCGAUCGAAGAUGGCAAGAUCCUUGUCAGCGUCCCUUCCGCCAUCCAUUCUCAUAAACCUCCCAUCCAUCGCCUCCUAGAGAGGUACGUAAAUGGAGGUUUGGAAGAGAGCAGGUGCUUGGAAGUGUUCGGUCGAUACCUCCAUCCUGGAUGGACGACUAUCGGGAACCAAGUUCUCCUCUUACAACAAACGUCAUGCUUCCAUGAGCUGCGUCAAUAAAUGAUGUUGCUUAGUUCCCAAUCACGAUAAGAGGAGUGAGAGGGCAGAGGAGCGAGUGUUCAACAAGAUUCCUUCGAGACACAAAUGAUCUUCCUCAGACACUGAAAUUUGUUUGUGAAAUUAUCUCUGGGAUGUCCAUUCUACUAAACGCGGGAACCAGGG